UCCGGCUCAACAACCUUCCAACCAACAUGGCAAGCAGAAAAGGUUCACAGCAAAGCCGGGGAGAUGGUGAUAAAUACUCGGUGUUGUUGCCCACUUACAAUGAACGAGAUAAUCUACCGCUUAUUGUGUGGCUAUUGGUAAAAUACUUCGGUGAAAGUGGAUACGACUACGAGAUUAUUGUCAUUGAUGAUGGAAGUCCAGAUGGGACACUUGAGGUGGCAGAACAACUACAGAAGAUAUACGGAGAGGACAAGAUACUCCUUCGACCAAGAGCAAAGAAACUAGGGUUAGGAACUGCCUACAUCCAUGGCAUUAAACAUGCCAAAGGGAACUAUGUCUUCAUAAUGGAUGCAGACCUCUCCCAUCAUCCUAAAUUUAUUCCAGAAUUCAUAGGGAAACAGAGAGAAGGCGGGUAUGACCUGGUGUCAGGCACCCGAUACAGAGGAGAUGGGGGCGUAUACGGCUGGGACCUGCGCAGGAAACUCAUCAGUCGGGGAGCUAACUAUGUCACACAGGUGCUGCUGAGACCUGGGGCAUCAGACUUGACAGGCAGCUUCAGGCUCUACAAGAAGGAGGUACUGGAGAGUCUGGUGGAGAGGUGUGUGUCCAAAGGCUACGUCUUUCAGAUGGAGAUGAUUGUCCGUGCUAGACAGCUGAACUACACCAUUGGAGAGGUUCCAAUUUCGUUUGUGGAUCGUGUUUAUGGGGAGUCUAAACUGGGAGGAAAUGAAAUAGUGUCCUUCCUGAAAGGACUGCUUACUCUCUUCGCGACAACAUGAUUUAUGAUGCUCUAGGUUUGGACUCAGCACAGCUUUUUAGUUUUUCAGUCAUGCCUUUAGUGCAGUAAUUAACCUACAUAAAAAUCAGUGGCGUAGGACGCACCCCCACAGCCCACGCGAGGUGGGGGGCAAGCUUUAGAGGUUGGGGAACCUCUAAAACUCAGGGGCCCCCCAGAUAGCAUAUGAACACUUCAUGAGUCAUGACAAAAUGUUUAGAAUGACAGGAAAUUAGCUUUAAAACUGCAACAUUUUCUUUCAACCUCAUGGCAAAAUGUGUAGAAUAGCAUGAGAUUAGC